AUGCGAUGGGAGCGAAGAGCAGCGCAGGGAGAAGAGCAGGCGGAGAGGAGAGCUGGGGAGUUGAGGGUUGGAGAGCAGAGGGUUGGAGAGCAGAGGGUUGGAGAGCAGAGGGUUGGAGAGCAAAGGGUUGGAGAGCAGAGGGUUGGAGAGCAGAGGGUUGGAGAGCAGAGGGUUGGAGAGCAGAGGGUUGGAGAGCAGAGGGUUGGAGAGCAGAGGGUUGGAGAGCAGAGGGUUGGAGAGCAGAGGGCUGGAGAUCCGUACGAGUGGGAGGGGGGACGGGGUGAAGGGAGGAGGGGUGGAGCAAGAGGGGGUGACGUUGGGGAGGGAGGAUGGGAUGGGGAGGACCUUGCAACAGUUUCUCUUUCCCCUCUCCUCUCCCCCGUUCCCGGUUCCCCCUCCUCCCUCGCUAAUGUUGUUAGUGGAGCUAUUGUUCCUCCCCUCCUCCCUUCCUUCAUCCUCCUUCCCAUUUCCACCUUUCCUCCUCUUCGCCCUUCCUUUCAACGUCUGUUUUCCCCCUCCUCCCGACCUCCCCUCCUCUUCUCCUCCCCUCCUCUUCUCCUCCUGUCCUCUUCUCCUCCUGUCCUCCCCUCCUCUUCUCCCGUUCUCUUCUCCUCCCCUCCUCUCCUCCUCCCCUCCUCCUCUCCUCCCCUCCUCUCCUCCCCUCCUCCCCGAAUGCCCCCAGUCCCCUACGGUGGACGGCACGUGCUAGAGGUGCUUGGUCUCUCUGAUGACGUGGCCACUGCUGACGUGGAGGCAGUCAUUCACAACCUAGUCAUGGAAGCCACGUGCAUGGAUGCUGCUGGUAGAGCUGAAAGUGACCUCAGCUACAGCAGCAGCAACAGCGCUACAAACACAGCAAGCAUUCCGUUUGUGGUGCGGUGGAUAAAUGAGUCGCAUGCUCUUGCUGUCUUCCUCACACCCGCUCUUGGUAUGUCAUGCAUGGGCAUGGGCAUGGGCAUGGGCGUGGGCCUCAAUAAGUUCUUUCCCCCCCAAACCACACUUCCCCCAACCCUCCCCCCCCCCACCACUUCCGCCCUCUCAUCCCUCCCCCUUCCCCCCUCCUCUUCCCUCUCCUCCCCCACGCCCUGUCUCCUCCCUCCCCCCACGCCCUGUCUCCUCCCUCCCCCCACGCCCUGUCUCCUCCCUCCCCCCACGCCCUGUCUCCUCCCUCCCCCCACGCCCUGUCUCCUCCCUCCCCCCACGCCCUCUCUCCUCGCCCCCCCAGCGUCCUCUGUGCUAUCAGCAGCGACAGCAGCUCUGGCAGGCGCUGCCUCGCCGCCCUUCCACUUCCGCCCUUUAGACACUGCCUCGGAGCACUACCCUUUCAUCCGCCGACGAGAUCUAGAACCUCCCAUUCCUCGCCCCGCCACUUCAAUACGGGCAGCGCAAAGAAUGAUCGCGGGGGCACUUGCAGCGACCAAUCAAAAUGCAGCCCUGGCAAUCCGGGCAGCAGCAGCGGCGGCAGCAGCAGCAGGAGGAGUAGCCGGGCAGGUUGGAGAGAAGAGGAUGGAGGCUGAGAGGAGGAUGAGACUGGAGGAGCGGAGGCGACUCAAGGACGAGGCAUGGGGGGAUGACUGA